GGCGGGAUUUACGUGAGUUUCUCAAGCCGUUCUUCCAAGGGCCAGAUCGGAAGCGCCUGGAUCUGGUGCUGGACGAGUUCGUCUCGCCCCCCGCGCUCUGGGACUUCGUGCAGACCGAGAUGCUGGAGCCGGACCUCUACGUCUUCGUGGGCGUAGCAAACAGAGAGUGGGGAUGGUCACCAAAGGAGAGCUUAAUAGCCAUUGCGCCCGUGUUGAUUAGAUGGCAUCUUGAAGGCGAAGAGACCCCAGGCGUAGAAAUCACACCAGUGUCUUCCAAAGGCGUGUCGACGACCUACGCCAAAGGAAGGGGGUCUCCCAAGUCUGAAGAGGGCGAUCUCGAGGAGCAAAGGGACCGAGAGAUAGCAAAACGAGAGGAAGAGGGCAGCGAAAAGAGCGACUGCCACACAUCAAGGGCUGAGGAUAUACGGGGCAAGGAGGAGGGCUUGGAGGUAUUCGAUCUGAGGUCGGAACUGUUGACUGAAAAGGGAGACGCGACGAAGGACGGGGGGAGGAAAAUAGAUGAUAAGCAGGGGAAGAUGGAAGACGAAAUUGAGAAGGGAAAGGCAGACAGGAUCGAGCUAACAACAGACAGUCUUAAUAAGAAUAAAAUCAGUCCCGUUGUUGGCAGUCAUCUUGAUAGAAUAAUUUCUGAUAAUAGAGAACGGACAUCAUGUAAGGCAGGGGAAGGAAGUGAGAUUCCCGGUUGCUUAACUGUGUUUUGGCGGUUGCGAAGUCACGGUAUUGAGGUGAGAGUUAGGACUGUUGAGGCGCUAGAAAACAUUUCAAUGGUUUAUGAUGUAAAGAAAAUUGAUAAUGUUUAGUUGUCUGAAUUCGUUCGCAUAAAGAGCACGGAUUUGUCAAAAUGACGUUCAGAAACACACUUGCUACAUUAGUUAAACUUUUCGUUAUUUUUAUGAUAAAAGAUUAAAAGAGGAAAUGUUUUUAUUUUGAUUCUGGUAGGAAUGUUAAAUUAUCUCCUGCUGCUCGCAACAUCAGUUAGUCUGGCUUCUGUUACUUUCUUAAUGGGUAGGAUUAUUUUGUAAUU